AUGUCAAUCGCCUGUUGCUGUCCCAUCCUUGAAUGUGUUUACUGUUUAGGCUGUGCCCGUUGGGUAUGGCAGAAAUGUCUAUACACUGCAGGCCAUGAAAGUGAGCACUGGGGUUUAGCCACAGUGGAAGAAUUCGAGCCGGUGCCACGUCUGUGCCGUUUAAUUCUAUCUGUUUAUGAAGAUGAUCUUCAUAACCCUCUUUGGGCACCCCCUGGAGGCUAUGGAAUCGAUCCUGAUUGGGUUUUCUUAAGAAGAAAUGACCAAGAAACUCAAGGCCGAGCUCCACCUUACUUUAUUUAUUUGGACCAUGAUAACGCUGAUAUUGUCUUGGCUGUUAGGGGACUUAACUUGGCUAAGGAAAGUGAUUAUGCUGUUUUGCUUGACAACAGACUGGGGCAGACAAAAUUUGAUGGUGGAUAUGUGCACAAUGGGUUAUUGAAGGCUGCCGAGUGGGUUUUCGAUGCUGAGUGUGAGGUUUUAAGGGAAUUGGUUAAGAAGCAUCCUAGCUACACUUUGACAUUUGCAGGUCAUUCCCUUGGGGCGGGAUUGGUGGCCUUGUUGGCGAUGGUUGCAGUUCAAAAUCGUAGCAAAUUGGGAAUCAUGGAGAGGACCCGGAUUAGAUGCUAUGCCAUUGCGCCUGCUCGGUGUAUGUCACUCAACGUAGCAGUUCGAUAUGCAGAUGUAAUUAACUCGAUAGUGCUUCAGGAUGAUUUUUUACCUCGAACGACCUCCGCUUUGGAAGAUGUUUUCAAAUUACUCUUCUGUUUACCAUGUCUUUUGUGCCUAAUGUGCUUGAAAGACACUUGCAUCAUGGAGGAGAAGAAGCUUAAAGAUCCCAGGCGGCUUUAUGCCCCCGGACGCCUAUACCACAUUGUUGAAAGAAGGCCCUGCAGGAUAGGAAGAUUUCCCCCAGUGGUGAGGACGGCAGUUCCGGUGGAUGGGAGGUUUGACCAUAUAGUUCUUUCCUGCAAUGCAACCUCUGACCAUGCCAUUAUUUGGAUAGAAAGAGAGUCCCAAAGAGCUCUUGAUUUGAUGCUGGAGAAAGACGGGAUAAUGCGAGUUCCUACAAAGCAGAAAAUGGUGCGGCAAAAGUCUCUUGCUCGAGAACAUAGUGAAGAGCACAAGGCAGCUCUUCAUAGAGCAGUUGCUUUGGAUAUCCCUCAAGCUUAUUCGCCUUCCACAUACGGAACAUUCAAUGAGAUGGAAGAAGCUGAAUCUUCUGGUGGAUCAACUGAGAGGUUUCCGAGUUAUCACCCAGGAAAAGAUUUGAGAGUUGGGAAGUAAACCGAGCUCGUAAAUAUGUUCUAGUUUCCCCCCAUGUGCACCAUGGUUUAUUGCUUAAUUACCAUGAUAUGGAAUAGUUACAAGAAUGGUAAGAAAG